AUGUUUAUAAAAAAAUUGCAGCCUCUUUAUCAACCUCCAUGUGAGAUUACUAUCACAAAACGAAUGAAAGCAAAAUAUGAAGAAUUAAAAUUGAAAGUUAAAGAAGAAUUGAAAAAGGCAGAUUCUAAAUGUCUUACCACAGACAUUUGGACUCAUCAGCACACAAUGUGCAGUUACCUUGGUAUAACUGCUCAUUAUUUGAAAGAUUAUGAAAUGACUACUUAUGAACUUGGUGCGUACUAUUUAACCGAACGAAAAACAAUUCCAUAUUUAAUAGAAAGAUUAAAUGAAAUCUGUAAAGAGUGGGUGAUUGAUAAAAAUAAAAUCAGUGCGGUGCUGUCAGACGGAGGAGCCAACAUAAAAGGAGCUAUCAAAAAACACUUUGGUGAACCAAAACAUGUUUCAUGUAUUGGUCACACUCUUAAUAAUGUUGGACAAAGUCUUAUUGAAGUUGAUAUUACACAGCCGGCAUCUGAAUCUGAUCAAAGUGAGAUGCUUAAAUCCCUCGAUGAAAAUGAUAGUGAUACGGAAAAUAUCGCGGAUCAUAAUCAGAAAUCACAACUAAGAAAUUUACUCGUCAAGAAAACAAAUCAGCUUAAUCCCAUCACGACAGUUGGUAAAGAAUUAAAGAAAAGUAUGGGUUCACUGGUAAAAGAGGAGGUGAAAGUGUCAAAAAACUUAGCUAUUGAGUGUGAUAGUCGGCUAGCUAUUGGAGAUCAACAGUCAUCAAACAAAGACAAAAAUUUCUGUGAUUUUUUGGAUCAAGCUGUACAAUCGAGUAAUCAGUACAACGACAAUGAUGAAGCGGGUGGAGUACCAAUUGAAUUAAGGCAACAUAAUAAUUAUAACAGAGAAGCUAAUAUGAGCAAUUAUGUUAAUCAACAGAAUAGUCAGCUAUUUAAUUACAGCAAUAGAGCAAACGAUGCAUUUAGUCAACAGCAUAGACAAGAGAACAACUACAAUAACAUUAAUAACAAUCAGCGACAAAAUAACUCAAACAGUGCAACACUAAACUCUUCUACUCAACCCAGUUUUAAUAGCAACUACAGCAACCAAACAUACAGAACUAAUCGCAGCUCGAGUAGUUUAUUUAAUCAGAAUAAUAAUAACAAUAAUGAACGACUGUCAAAUAACAGAAGUAAUAAUCGUUUUCGCAGUGAAACAGUUGUAGAGCCUAUGGAAAUAGGAGUCAAUGAAAACGAACAAAAUUUUCAAUUAGAGGGCCAAGGAAGUUACCCUAUAUAA